AUGUCCGGCAUUUCGAAUUCUCCAUUCAUUGCCCCUCCUCUUAUCAAACGCUUCAGCCAUGCUGCUGCUGGCCACGAGGGUGUUCUGCGAGACGAAUCCGGGGCACUCCUUAUCAAACCGUGUCUUCCAAAGGAAGUAGGCUUCUAUCAGGCCGCUGCAUCACACCCCGAAUUCGCCAAAUGGAUGCCGACAUUUAUGGGCACCCUUCAAUUAAAUUCCCAGACCACUGCUUCUCUGGGAGAUAAACCUGGCGUGCCCCCAGUUCCUGCAAUUGCCUCAGCACUCCCUUCUUCCGACCAGGGAGAAACGAGUACCCGCUCUGAUGUUACAACCAAAAAACCUCUUGAAAUUUCCAUCGUCCUUUCUAAUCUCACUUAUGGGUUUGCCAAACCUUGUGUUUUGGACGUCAAGCUCGGGGCUCAGCUUUGGGACGACGAGGCUCCGUUAGAAAAACGAGCUCGUUUAGAUGAGGUUUCCGACAAAACAACCUCUCGUUCACUGGGCAUGCGUAUCGCUGGUAUGAAAGUUUGGAAAGGCGAGAAUAAAGAGUAUCAGAUCUAUGAUAAGAAUUACGGUAGACAAUUCACAGCUGAUAAUGCAGUCGAUGGAUUCAAAGAAUUUUUGUUUUCAGGCAAGCUUUCCGAGGAGCAGUCAAAAUUCAUUGCGAAGAGAUUUGCCGACAAAGUUGCGGCGAUUCAGGCAGUUCUUGAAAAUCAGGAGAGCAGGAUGUACUCCGCAAGUCUUUUGUUCGUUUACGAAGGUGACAUUGAUGCCUUGGAUCAGGCUUUGCAAAUCGAAAAAGAGAAGGAUCUAUCAAAAGGCACUUUAGCCGAAGGAGAAGACGACGGAAACGAAGACGAAGACGAAGAAGAUGACGACGAAAGUAAGCCUCCGCCAAAGAAAAUCGAAGAUCUCAAGAUCAUUGAUUUCGCACAUGCAACCUGGACUCCAGGCCAAGGCCCGGAUUUGAAUGCUUUGCAUGGCGUUAAGAGCGUCCUUUCCUUAUUCAGGCAGCUUUCUUAG